CUUCCUGAUCUGUUUCCUGGAGAAGUUCUUGUAUAGAGUCUUUUUUCUCUUCUUUUCCCUCUCUUUCCUUUACAAUGGCUCCUAUCACAGACGAGACGAUCUCUGGCCUCAAGGCCACGAUUGGAAAGCUCGAAGCUCGCAUUGAGGAUUUGGAAGGUCGUCUCAGCAGUGGGUCGAAGCCCAAGUCCGUCGCGGAGCACAUGCGCCUGAUUCUUAUGGGUCCUCCUGGUGCUGGCAAGGGUACUCAGGCACCUAAGAUUAAGGAGAAGUUCUGCGUGUGCCAUUUGGCCACCGGUGACAUGCUGCGAUCCCAGGUCGCCAAGAAGACCGAGCUUGGAAGAGAGGCCAAGAAGAUCAUGGACCAGGGUGGUCUGGUCAGCGAUGAGAUCAUGGUCAACAUGAUCAAGAGCGAGUUGGAGAACAACGCAGAGUGCAAGAACGGUUUCAUUCUCGAUGGUUUCCCUCGCACCGUUGCUCAGGCUGAGCGUCUUGACGACAUGCUUGACGCCCGUAAACAGAAGCUCCAGCACGCUAUCGAACUCCAGAUCGAUGAUGCCCUCCUGGUUGCCCGUAUCACCGGUCGUCUGGUCCAUCCCGCCUCCGGCCGUUCCUACCACAAGAUCUUCAACCCCCCCAAGGAGGAGAUGAAGGACGACAUUACCGGCGAGCCUCUCAUUCAGCGCUCUGACGACAACGCCGAUACCUUGAAGAAGCGUCUGGGUACAUACCACGCCCAGACCGCCCCUGUCUGUGAAUACUACAAGAAGACCGGUAUUUGGAAGGGUAUCGAUGCCAGCCAGGAGCCUGGCCAGGUGUGGAAGAGCCUUCUCGGUGUCUUCGACAAGAAGUACUAAGAUUAUUUUUUCUCUGUCGGCGGCGACUAUUCGUGAACGCGGUGAUGUAGAAAUGAUAUGCAUCAUGUAAUGACUUUUGCCUCUUGUUUGGCUGGGGGAAAGGUACAGAAAAUUAGCGGCACGAGUGGAAAAUACUCAGGGGAAUAAUGAGUUUGGGUUUCUUCUUCUUCUUAUUUUUUUUUUUUUACUCUUUCCCUUUGUUGGUCUGCAGAGGGAACGAUAUUGUUAGGGUGGGGGAUAGACCAUGUCUUUCGGAUGUCAGUCAGUAUAUAGACAGCUUUUCCGCGAGACUUGAAAGCUAUGUACAAUAGUAGGUCGUUUCUUCGGAAUGAAAUGAAAAAAAGAAUCCAUGUUUCACUAUUGACUUACUACCUGAAAGUAGCUAGAUCCUAAUUCAGUUGUUUCCAGGGACAACUUGGUUACAACUCGGCAGGAUACACUGUAGACUC